GGAGCCUGCGCAAAAUAAGGGUAGUGCAUUUUCGACAAUCCGCAAGAACCGCAAAACAGUUAACAAGCAACAAAUCUCUGCUUAACGAAUUUCUCACUUCGGUUAUACUCUCCCAAUCACAUCAUUCCACGUGUCUAAAGCAUUCCCGCCAAAAUUAACCUCCUCCACAUCCAUAUUCUCUCUGUUUCUCACUUAUCUCUGCAACAAAUUAACUCGAAAACCACAGCAAAACCUCGAAAAUGGCAUCCAGAUUCCUGCUCCUUCUCAUCCUCUCUUACCUACUCCCACUUUCCUCUGCUCUCCCCUCCCAAACCCUGCUCGACGCUGUCGAAAUCCUCUCCGACUCUGGCUUCGUUUCCAUGGCUCUCACUUUGGGCCUCCUCUCAAAAACCCUUCUUCUUCAAUCCCCAUCUCUCACCAUCUUCUCCCCCACCGAUCACGUUUUUGUCGAACACGGACAGCCCCCACUUUCUCUUCUCCAAUUCCACCUCUCUCCUCUCCCUCUCUCUCUCCAGUCCCUUGAAACCCUCCCCCCUGCCUCCACCAUCCCCACUCUCCUCCCCAACCACUCCCUCGUCAUCACCUCAUCUUCUUCCGAUGAUUACGUUUCCCUUAACGGUGUCAGGAUUGAUGGCUCCCCUAUAUUUGAUGAUGGGUCUUUGAUCGUCUUUGGAAUCCAAGAGUUUUUCGACCCGAAUUUUGGGGUUCCCAGGCCUAAUCCUACUUGUGUCCCAUCCGUCAAUGGUGAUGAUCAUUCAUUCGCCAAGGCUAGUUUGGUUUUAAGGUCAAGUGGAUACUCUGUUAUGGCCUCAUUUCUUGAUUUGCAACUACUGGGGUUUAAGGCCACGACCGCUACUUUAACUGUCUUUGCUCCUAUAGAUGAUGCCAUGAAAACGAAGGGUUACAUUGGGAACUUCAGUGAGUAUCCGUCCAUCUUCUUCAGGCAUGUUCUUCCAUGCAAGUUUUCAUGGGCUGAUUUGGUUGCUUUCAAUGAUGGGGCGCUGCUAGGGACGUACUUGGAAGGGUUUAAGAUCAAUGUCACUAAAUCUGGGAAUAACAUGAUGAUCAAUGAAGUUGCCAUUACCACUCCAGAUUUGUAUUACGGUGGAUCAAUUGUUGUUCAUGGUCUACAAGAGGUGCUUGCGGUGCUAGAGAAGCCACAGAGGUUGGCUGAAUCUCCCUCGGAUAAUGAACUGGAUCACUGUGAAUUUUAGUGCUAUUAAUGGUUUUUCUUUUGUUUUUCUCAACGGCUUAUUGCUGGAUAUUUCUAGAACUGACUUUUCCAGUUGAUAAUGGAUGUUCUUUUUUCUUUUUUGGUGUCAUUUCUGGGUUUCUUAUAGACAAAGGCUUGGUAUUUGAGAUGAUAUGGAUGAUUAAUUUGAUGGACUUCAAGGAACAAUGUCUAGCAUUGGAGAUU